CAGUUGUGUCUAGUAAACUCUUGUUAACGCUUUAACCAGCAUCUGUCUGCUCGGAGAAGAGGUUAAUCUUACCAAAAAUAGAUAUUGCACUUGGUUUAAGAAUAUCUCCGAUUAUGAAAUGCUUUUGCUAAGCAUCGGCGUGGCGCGUGGAAGUUGAUGGUGGGCUGCCUCUCAAAGUUCUCGUAAAGUUGUUCAAACAGGAGAAGAGAUAUAAUGGUUCUUCAACGGGACGAGCUUCAAUGAAAUAAUGAUUUCGUUCAUCAGCGGUCGGUGGUGGAGAUGGAAGUUCCAGAAUGCUCUUGCAGUUUUCCUGCUGCUGAACUGCCUUUUGACUACAGUAGCACAGAGCUGCCAGACUAGCGUCAGCUGCAAUGUGGUGCUCACCGACUCCCAGGGCUCUUUUACCUCCCCCUGCUACCCCAAUGACUACCCACCCAGUCAGGCCUGCAGGUGGACCAUACAGGCCCCGACCGGCUUUAUAGUGCAGAUCACCUUCCUAGAUUUCGAGCUUGAGGAAGCACAAGGCUGCAUCUAUGACCGCAUCAACAUCAACACUGGCACGAGUGAUACCAAAUUUUGCGGCUUAACGCCCAAUGGACUAACUCUCAACUCCAGUGGCAAUGUGAUGGAGGUUUCCUUUACCUCAGACUUUAGUGUCCAAAAGAAAGGCUUCCAUAUCAGUUACAAGCAAGUGGCAGUGUCACUGAGGAACCAGAAGGUCACAAUCCCAAAGAGCAGCAAGAAUACAGUGAGAGUGUCCAAUUCAGUCUCCAUCCCUGUUCUCACCGCCUUCACUGUGUGCUUUGAGAUCGCCCGCACUGCCCAGAAGAGCACAGAGACCAUCUUUACCUUGUCUAAUGCUCAAGGGACAUCCAUUUUGGCAUUUGAAAAAACAACCAGAGGCAUGGAGCUUUUCAUAGUCGGUACCUACUGUUCUGUAAACGACAAAAUCGCUAGCUCAGACAUCACAACCAGCAUGAAGCCCAUCUGCCUCACCUGGACCAGGUCCUCUGGCUUUGUGGCAGUGUACUUUGAAGGUCGAUAUCUACGAAACAUCUGCUCGACCUCCCUGGUUUACACCCUGCAGGGUGGGGGAAUCCUCCAGCUUGCUGGAAAAGGGUCAAGCUCUGUCGACGUGGAUGAUCAGAAUUUGGAUGGCUUUGUUUACAAUUUCCGAUUUUGGGAUUAUGCCAUGGGCCAAUCCGAGCUGUCUGCCCUCACCUGUGAUGUUGUAGGUAAUGUCGUUGAUUGGGAUCAUUCGUUCUGGACUAUCCCGGGCACUUACACACAGACUGACAGCACGCUCAGCUGCAUCUGUUUCCCAAAUUGCAUUCACUUAACAUCUUCAUCUAGUGGUACUGCCAUAGCAACUCUUUCCCCGGAAACCUCAGGUUGCGCCUCCCCUGGACUUGGCUGCCCAGUUUACCCUUUAUAA